GUGGGCAGAUGAAACGCUACCCCGUCAUGACGAUCCGGGAAUAUAUUUCCUACGGCUUGCGGUAUGCGACCGAUUUGACUCGACAGUUCGUCCGCCGAUCUGCUCAGGAAAUCAUUUCGGAUUGCAUGAACCCCUCUCUGCGAAAUCCGCUGGCUACGGACUUGACUGCUGGGGUCUUCAAUGCUGCGACACAGAUUCGUCCUUGCAGUAUGCAUGUGGUCAACCUUGGAGUGUUGCAGGUGCUUAGCGGCUCAGUGGUGGAUAUGCUGGUGAAGGCUGGCUUCUUCGGCUCCACAGAGCCCGCAGUGGCAUUGCACACGGCAUCUUUGCGAUUCAAGCAGUAUGCCAGUGCUCACCGACUUGUUCAUUCAGUGCCGUUCCUGACUCCGAACAUGUUGGUCGAUGCAAGCACUGCAGGCAGCUACCCGGUGCUCACUUUAAAAGCCUUCAACGGCAGGCUUUUCUUGGGGUUCCUUUCGGCAUGCCUCCGAGCUGCUGUCGCAAAGGGUCCGAAUCCCGACUUGGAGCUGCGACUCGCUGAGAGAUGCACGCACUCGUUGCUUCUCUGGUUCCAGAUCCAGGAAAAUGCACCCCGGCGGUUCAUAGACCCUGCCACUGGACAACGGCUGCUGCAAACCGGUGACGAAUUCCUUCGCCUCUACCAUGGUUUGGCCCAACUGGCUUGCCAAAGAGGCGAGUUUCGAUGGAAGAUCUUACCGAAACACCACGAUCCCUCGCUGCAAAUGUAG